CGAGCACACUCGUCGCCUCGACCUCGGCCCGCCACUACCACAAGAAGCCGCUGCGCCACCCGCCGUCGUCGCCGCGCAAGGUCAUGAACCGCCCGCGCCCGAUCGAGCGCCGCACGAGCACGAUCGGCCUGUUCAGCUUCGGGCACGGCUAUCGGAACGGCGCGGAGGAGCAGACGGGCGAGAUGAGGACGGCGGGAGGGCAGUCGGGUGGGCGUGGCGACGAGGAGGAGCGCGACCAUGACGAGGAAGGGUCGGCCGAGGGAGCGACACAGACACUGACAGCUCUCUGCGCGCAGCUCGACGACGGCGACUCGGACUUUGAGGACCUCGAACCCGACCUCGACCUCGAACCCGUCGCCCAGCGCCGGUUCGCCCGCUCGCCCGCACCCUCGCCCGCCUCGUCGCGCUUCCUGCGCUCGUCACGCACCAGCAGACGCCUCGGCCUGUCGCUGCUCAAGUUCGGCGGCUCGACCUCGGCCGACGCCGCCGCGAAGGGCCGGUCCUCGCCCGUGUGGUACGCCCAGGCGCGCGUCCGCGUCGAGCCGUCCUUCGCCCUCGCUCCCGCCGCCGACGACGACCACUGCUCCUCCCUUGUCGACCCCCACACCCUCACCUCGCAUCGCCCGGGCCCGACGCUCUCGCCGUCCUCGUCACGCCCCUCCUCGGCGGCCAGCAGCACCCUCUCGAGCUCGAGCGACGCCUCCUCGGCGCAGGACCUCGCGACGGCCCAAAUCGUCGUCCACGCGCAGUCGCGCUCGAGCUUCGAGCAGCAGGAGCACGAGCAGCAGCAGGUCGAGCUGGGCGCGUAUGCGUACCGCCGCUCGUCGGUCGGGACGAUCGUGCCCCGCCUGAGGGCGCUCGAGCCCAUGUCGCCGUUCAAGCCGCGCUUCGAGGCGGUCGACGAGCCUGGACCGUCGUCGGCGUCGCACGAGACCGGCGGCGCGCACGACAAGGACGCGGGCGACCCCUCCCUCGCGCUCGCGCACCUCGGCUCGCCCGCCUUCCGCCUCGACUCGGACGACCCGACGGCGCUCGCUGCGCUCCGCCGCGCAGGCGAGCACGUCUUUGGCCCAGCGUCGUCGGCGGCGUCGGCUGCGGCGCGCCCGGCGCCGCAAUGGGCCGCGCAGCAGGGCGCACGCGCGCUCGGGCCGCCGCCGCCGUUCGGCGCGACGAGCGAGGGAGGGCUCGAGGGCGGUGAGGGGCCGCAGAGCCCUGGGAGCCCGGACAGCGCGAGCAGGCUCAGGGCUGGGGCGGGUUCGAUGGGCGAGGGCGGGACCGGCAGCGAGCGGGGCAAGACGGGCGCAGAGCGGGGGAGCGGAGCGAGGAGGGUGCUCGGCGAGAGGCAGAUCUGAGGUGCGAGGAGAGGGGGUCGCUUGCGGUCGUCGAGUGCAGUGCUUUUGUGUCGUGCUCUUGCGUCUCGCUUGGCAAUACAGUGCGAUUUGCCGC